AGGGAAGGCGAGCGGGAGGCUGAGCCUGCGGCGCCGGCCGGAGACCCGCCGCACUCCGCACUCGGCCGCCAGGGCUGCGGGGACCCCGACCGGUGCGGGCACGGGUUCUGCCAGCCAAAUCAAGGCUGGAGCCUGAACGGCAAAGGGAAGCGAGAGGGCAGUGCAUCGAGAUGGCGGCCUCGGCGGCUGGGACAGCGGAGGAAGGGAUGGAGCCUCGGGCACUGCAGUAUGAGCAGACCCUGAUGUAUGGCCGAUAUACUCAGGAACUUGGGGCCUUUGCCAAAGAGGAAGCUGCUCGGAUUCGCCUGGGAGGGCCUGAGCCUUGGAAGGGGCCUCCUUCUCCUCGGGCUCCUCCAGAACUCCUGGAAUAUGGACAGAGCCCAUGUGCCAGAUGCCGCAUCUGUUCUGUACGCUGCCACAAGUUCCUAGUGUCCAGGGUUGGCGAAGACUGGAUUUUCCUGGUCCUGUUGGGGCUCCUCAUGGCAUUGGUCAGCUGGGCCAUGGACUAUGCCAUCGCUGUCUGUCUACAGGCUCAGCAGUGGAUGUCCCGGGGCUUGAACACCAACAUCUUACUCCAGUACUUGGCCUGGGUUACCUACCCUGUCGUCCUCAUCACUUUCUCUGCUGGAUUUACCCAGAUCCUGGCCCCUCAGGCUGUUGGGUCUGGCAUCCCCGAGAUGAAAACCAUCCUUCGGGGAGUGGUGCUGAAAGAAUACCUCACCCUCAAGACCUUCGUAGCAAAGGUCAUUGGGCUAACCUGUGCCCUGGGCAGUGGGAUGCCCCUUGGCAAAGAGGGCCCUUUUGUGCACAUCGCCAGUAUGUGUGCCGCCCUUCUCAGCAAGUUCCUUUCCCUUUUUGGGGGUAUCUAUGAGAACGAAUCCCGGAACACAGAGAUGCUAGCUGCUGCUUGUGCAGUGGGAGUGGGCUGCUGCUUUGCAGCACCUAUUGGAGGGGUCCUAUUCAGCAUUGAGGUCACCUCCACCUUCUUCGCUGUUAGGAACUACUGGCGAGGCUUCUUUGCGGCCACCUUCAGUGCCUUCAUCUUUCGGGUCUUGGCAGUCUGGAAUCAUGAUGAAGAAACCAUUACUGCUCUCUUCAAAACCCGGUUCCGACUUGACUUCCCCUUUGACCUGCAGGAGCUGCCAGCCUUUGCUGUCAUUGGUAUUGCUAGUGGCUUCGGGGGAGCCCUCUUUGUCUACCUGAACAGGAAGAUUGUCCAGGUUAUGCGGAAGCAAAAAACCAUCAAUCGCUUCCUCAUGAGGAAACGUCUGCUCUUCCCAGCCCUGGUGACCCUGCUUAUCUCCACUCUGACCUUCCCACCUGGCUUUGGACAGUUCAUGGCUGGACAGCUCUCACAGAAAGAGACCCUAGUCACCCUGUUUGACAACCGGACAUGGGUCCACCAGGGCCUGGUAGAAGAUCUAGAACUACCCAGCACUUCACAGGCCUGGAGCCCACCACGUGCCAAUGUCUUCCUCACUCUGGUCAUCUUCAUUCUCAUGAAGUUCUGGAUGUCUGCACUGGCCACCACCAUUCCAGUGCCCUGUGGUGCCUUCAUGCCUGUCUUUGUCAUUGGAGCAGCAUUUGGGCGUCUGGUGGGUGAAAGUAUGGCUGCCUGGUUCCCAGAUGGGAUUCACACAGAUAGCAGCACCUACAGGAUUGUACCUGGUGGCUACGCAGUGGUCGGGGCAGCUGCGCUUGCAGGAGCAGUGACACACACAGUGUCCACAGCCGUGAUUGUCUUCGAGCUCACGGGUCAGAUCGCCCACAUUCUGCCUGUCAUGAUUGCUGUCAUCCUGGCCAAUGCUGUUGCCCAGAGCCUGCAGCCCUCCCUCUAUGACAGCAUCAUCCGCAUCAAGAAGCUGCCCUACCUGCCUGAGCUGGGCUGGGGCCGCCACCAGCAGUACCGGGUUCGAGUAGAGGACAUCAUGGUGCGGGAUGUGCCCCAUGUAGCCCUCAGCUGCACCUUCCGGGACCUGCGGUUGGCACUGCACAGGACCAAGGGCCGUAUGCUGGCCCUCGUAGAGUCCCCUGAGUCCAUGAUCCUGCUAGGCUCCAUCGAACGCUCACAGGUGGUGGCAUUAUUGGGGGCCCAGCUAAGCUCAGUGCGACGGCGGCAGCACAUGCAAGAGCGAAGAAAGGCCCAGUCAUCACCAUCAAAUCAGGAGAGGCCCCCUAGCCCUGAGUCUUCUGUCCACUUCCAGGUGAACACAGAGGACUCAGGUUUCUCUGGGUCCCGUGGACAGACUCACAAGCCCCUGAAGCCUGCUCUCAAGAGGGGGCACAGCAACACCACAAGCCUCCAAGAGAGUCCAACAGGCAACAUGGAAUCAGCAGGCAUCGCCCUCAGAAGCCUCUUCUGUGGCAGUCCACCUCUGGAGGCUACUUCAGAGUUGGAAAAGUCAGAAUCCUGUGAAAAGCGCAAGCUGAAGCGGGUCCGAAUCUCCCUGGCGAGUGACUCAGACCUGGAAGGCGAGAUGAGCCCUCAGGAGAUCUUGGAGUGGGAAGAACAGCAACUAGAUGAGCCUGUCAAUUUCAGUGACUGCAAAAUUGAUCCUGCCCCCUUCCAGCUGGUAGAGCGGACCUCUUUGCAUAAGACUCACACCAUCUUCUCAUUGUUGGGUGUGGACCAUGCAUAUGUCACCAGCAUUGGCAGACUCAUUGGAAUUGUUACUCUAAAGGAGCUUCGGAAGGCUAUUGAGGGCUCGGUCACUGCCCAGGGUGUGAAAGUCCGACCGCCCCUUGCCAGCUUCCGAGAUAGUGCCACCAGCAGCAGUGAUACAGAGACCACCGAAGUACAUGCACUAUGGGGGCCCCACUCCCACCAUGGCCUCCCACGAGAAGGCAGCCCUUCUGAUAGUGAUGACAAGUGCCAGUGAACCCUUCACUGGGUGGCCUAUAUCCCUUCUGCUUUGGAAGAGCAAGAAACAGUGGCAACGAGAGACUGGAACCCAAGUCCCCACGCUAGCCCUGGGCUUCCAGCUGUUCCAUCUCCAGACCAUCCUACCUGGGAUGUGACUCAACACCUACAUGCCUGAGGAUCAGCACUGCCCUGCCAGGAUGAGGUGGGAUCAUGUGACCCCUGGCCCCUUGGAGAAAGGGGCAGAACUAAGAUGGGUUUAUACUGGAACCUCCAAUACAACAAAUUCUUAAAUAGAAUAAAGUGAACACCUGAUGA